UACUUUUGCCACGCAACCAUUUUGGUUAAUAUUUGCCAAAAUUGGCUCACUUUGGAAAAACGUCCUCCUUUUCUUGUCGCUGUCCUCCUUUCCUUUCAUCCUUCUUACAAUAACACCCACUCUCUCUCUCUCUCUCUCUCUCUUCUCUCUUCUCUCUUUCUCUCUCCUAUAAAAACAAAUCCCUUACAUCUGACUUUUGAUUCCUGCAAUUGUUUCUUCAAUCUCCCCUAAUUUCUGGAUUCAUCUUCUGCAAAUUCCUCUUUUCACUGCAAAUUACUUCGAUAUGGAACCUCUUUCGCCGGAAGAUUCCGCCGGCGCUACUCAAUCCGUCGCCGACGACGAACAACGAGUUUAUCUAGUGCCUUUCAGGUGGUGGAAAGAAGCUCGAAAUGCAUCGACAUCGACAUCAGCGAGUGAUUCAUGCGAAGAUACAGGGAUUUUAUACAGUGCAUCGCCUUCAUCGUCUUAUGCUGGUCCGAUGAAGCUGAUCAGCAACAUUUUUGGUUCGGAUCUUUUGUUCAAUCUUAGGAGAGAGGAAGUAAAUAGUAACGAUAAUUCCAGUAAUGGUGAAGUUGGAGUUUCUGGUCGUGAUUAUGCUUUAGUUUCUGGAGAAAUGUGGUUGCAGGCGCUUAAAUGGCAUAGUGAUUCUAUAAAUGCGAUGAAGCGUGUUGGAAGUUUUUCAGCUGGUAGUGUUGAUAUAUCAGAUGUCUAUCCUUUACAACUCAGGCUCUCUGUUUUGCGAGAAGCAAACUCUUUGGGUGUUAAAAUUAGUAAAAAGGACAAUGCUGCUGAACUCUUUAGACGAGCUUGCAAAAUAUUCAAUACCGAGGCAGAUUUGUUGCACAUAUGGGACUUCUCUGGCAGGACAAGCCUUUUUUUUGUUAAUGACAAUAGCUCACCUGCAAAGGAUAUCCAGCGUCAAUUGGAUCAGGAGAUACUUCUGGAAUUGCAAAUUUAUGGGCUGUCAGAUUCUCCAAGGUCUAGAGACGGCAAGAGAGAGGAGUUUUCCGAGCUGGCUACUGCGGCAAGUUCCUCUUCCAGUGCAUCUACAACAAUGAAUGGUAGCACUGGAAACUGUUAUCGUUUCCCUAGGACCAAUUCUUAUACUUUUAGUAGCAGUCCUGCCGAAUCAGGCUCUUUGGGACUGACUGGAUUGCAAAAUCUUGGAAAUACAUGUUUCAUGAACAGUGCUCUUCAGUGCUUAGCACACACUCCAAAGCUUGUUGACUAUUUUCAUGGAGAUUACAAUAAAGAAAUUAAUCAUGAUAAUCCAUUGGGCAUGGAUGGUGAAAUUGCUUUGGCUUUUGGAGAUUUGAUAAGGAGGCUAUGGGCUCCUGGAGCAACACCAGUGGCACCUAGAACAUUCAAGUCGAAGCUCUCUCGCUUUGCUCCUCAAUUCAGUGGCUUCAAUCAGCAUGACUCACAAGAACUGCUUUCUUUUUUGCUGGAUGGACUCCAUGAAGAUCUUAAUCGUGUGAAGUUAAAGCCCUAUGUUGAAGCUAAGGAUGGAGAUGGUCGAUCAGACGAGGAUGUAGCUGAUGAGUACUGGCGUAAUCAUCUGGCUCGGAAUGACUCUAUCAUUGUUGAUAUUUGUCAAGGUCAAUAUAGAUCAACAUUAGUUUGUCCAGUUUGCGAAAAGGUUUCCGUGACAUUUGAUCCGUUUAUGUAUCUGUCACUGCCUCUACCUUCAACCACAAUGCGGACUAUGACCUUGACUGUCAUGAAUACUGAUGGUAGCUUCAUGCCUACGGUGGUCACUGUUUCUGUGCCCAAGUAUGGGAGAGGUGAAGACCUUGUUAAGGCUUUGACCAGUGCAUGCUCAUUGCGGAUUGAUGAGACACUGUUGGUGGCUGAGAUAUACAACCAUCGUAUUAUUCGAUUUUUGGAAGAUUCAGCGGAUUCGCUGUCCUUGAUUAGAGACGAAGACCGUCUAGUAGCUUAUCGGCUACCCAAAGCUACAGAGAGAGAAACUAUAGUUGUGUUUACGCAUCAAGAGAUGGAAGAGCACAAUGUCCACGGGAAAGCUUUUGGAAUUCCUCUUGUCGCUAGAAUUUCCAACAAUACAAACGGAUCAGAUAUCUAUAAUUUGUUUAAGAAGUUGCUUAAUCCAUUUCUCAUGCCCAGUGAAGAUGACUUAGAUGAUCAGGAUGCUUCCAAAAGCACAGCUGCUGAGAAUUUAGUGGAGAAUACCACAGAUCCUAUUACUACUACUGAAUCAAGUGAUGAUGCUAAACUCAUUAAUGACGAGGUGGUUAGCUUACCAGCUGAUAGUGAGUUCGAAUUCUACCUGACAGAUGAGAAAGAGAUUCUCAAGAACGUUAAAAUAGAAAUGGUGGAUCUUGUAACAUCUGAGGACUUGCCAAAACGGUUAAAUGUUGCUGUUUUUUGGCCUGAGAAGAAAACUGAAAUCUACGAUACGGUUCUUUUGAGCACCCUUCCUGAAAUAUUUAAGUCAGGCUAUCUGGCUAAAAGGCCACAGGAAAUUGUAUCUCUUUACAGAUGCCUGGAAGCAUUUUUGAAAGAAGAGCCUCUUGGACCUGAAGACAUGUGGUAUUGUCCUGGAUGUAAGCAGCAUCGUCAGGCCUCCAAAAAGUUGGAUCUUUGGAGACUCCCUGAAAUUCUGGUCAUUCACUUGAAAAGGUUUUCAUACAGCAAAUACACAAAAAACAAGCUGGAAGCCUAUGUUGACUUCCCGGUUGAUGAUCUCGAUUUGUCCAUGUAUAUUGCUAACAAGAAUUCCCAACCAUCUUUCCGUUAUGUGCUCUAUGCAAUCAGCAAUCACUAUGGUAGCUUGGGAGGUGGUCAUUACACUGCUUUCGUCCAUCAUGGAGGUGGUCGGUGGUAUGACUUCGAUGACAGCAAUGUAUACCCCAUCAGCGAGGAGAAGAUAAAGACUUCAGCCGCUUAUGUUCUUUUCUAUAGAAGAGUUGCAGAUAUAUAACAGCCAAACCAUCAGCUAUUGAUAGUUAAUACUCUAGAGUAGCUCAUAUUAGAAAGCCUUCCAGUUAUUUAUUUAUUUAUUCAUUUAUUUGAGAAGCAGAAUCUAAUUGAAAAGGUAGUAUCUGCUGGUUCUCUGGCAUCGUUUUUUCCGGGAUGCUCGGGACUCCUUGACAGUUGAUGAUGAAACUCAAAAGACCGACUGUCGACCUUGAUGAUCAUGCUUGGCUUGACAGAAUAGCUGCAUAGAUAGUUUGGUACCAGGGUGAGCAUCUGCUGCAAUUUAAGCUCCUUUAGUUACUAACCCAUUUGUUUUCAGGAAUUGCAAUUACCUGAUGUCAUAUUUCUUCUUUCUUCUUACCUUUUGCCUUUUCUUUUUGGGGGGGUUUGUUUUGCUUGGUUUCUUUAGAGCUUCCUACCUCUAAAGCAUUGUAUUCCUUUUUUGAAAGAGGUGUAACAUACCUUGGAUCAGUUGAAAAGCAAUUCAUCAGAUAUUAAUUCUAGUUUUUUUUAGUAUUCUAAUUCUAGUUUUUUGUUAUUUUUAAUCAUCAGUUUUUUUUUUUUUUUAAUUUAUUUAUAUUUUUUAAUUUUUUUUUUAAAUUUUUCAUGGAGCCAUAAACGUGGUGACGUAUGCGGAUUUGAUCAUAAUUAUGGUCUAUCAGCAUUCCAAUAAUCUCAAUGCGUUGUUAAAUAAGCUUGUUAAAGACUUAAAGGUGCAAGUUUGCAACUGAAAUGUCAAGCAUGAUAUUAUAAUACGAGUAACAACUAAUAAAUUAAAAAAAAAAAAAAAAAAAA